CGUGCGGGGAUUGGCUAGUUCCCGCGGGCUUCCCCCGCCGCUAGCCAAUCACCGGGGAGGACUUCCUGGAGGGUUUUUCUUGCGCUCGGGUGUCGCUCGGAGGGUCCGUGAGUGCUCCGCCGGACCGAGUUGGGCACCUCCCGCCAUGAGGCCCCGGAAAGCUUACAUGCUGGUGUUGCUCUUGGCGCUGACGCAGCUGCUGGCCGCGGCGAGCGCCGAGGGAGCGGACGAAGAAACAGAAAAUGCCAUUGAGGAGGAAGAUGAGGAGGAAGAUGAAGAGGAGGAGGAAGAUGACUUGGAAGUUAAGGAAGAAAAUGGUGUCUUGGUCCUGAAUGAUGCAAAUUUUGAUAACUUUGUGGCUGACAAAGACACAGUACUACUGGAGUUCUAUGCACCCUGGUGUGGACAUUGCAAGCAGUUUGCUCCAGAAUACGAAAAAAUUGCCAGUACCCUGAAGGAUAAUGAUCCUCCCAUUGCUGUUGCUAAGAUUGAUGCAACCUCAGCCUCCAUGCUGGCCAGCAGGUUUGAUGUGAGCGGCUACCCCACCAUCAAGAUCCUGAAGAAGGGACAGGCUGUUGAUUAUGAGGGCUCCCGGACCCAGGAAGAAAUUGUUGCCAGAGUCAAAGAAGUCUCCCAGCCCAACUGGAUACCUCCACCUGAAGUCACACUUGUAUUGACCAAAGAUAACUUUGAUGAAGUUGUGAAUGAUGCAGACAUCAUUCUGGUGGAGUUCUAUGCCCCAUGGUGUGGGCAUUGCAAAAAACUUGCUCCUGAGUAUGAGAAGGCAGCCAAGGAGCUCAGCAAGCGCUCUCCCCCAAUUCCCCUGGCCAAAGUCGAUGCCACUGCAGAGACAGACCUGGCCAAGAGGUUUGAUGUCUCUGGCUACCCCACGUUGAAAAUUUUCCGCAAGGGACGGCCUUUUGACUACAAUGGACCACGAGAGAAAUAUGGAAUUGUUGACUACAUGAUUGAGCAGUCUGGGCCCCCUUCAAAGGAGAUUCUGACCCUGAAGCAGGUCCAGGAGUUCCUAAAGGAUGGAGAUGAUGUCAUCAUCAUUGGAGUCUUUAAGGGGGACAGUGACUCUGCCUACCAGCAGUAUCAGGAUGCUGCUAAUAACCUGAGAGAAGAUUACAAAUUUCACCACACUUUCAACACUGAGAUAGCUAAGUUCUUGAAAGUCUCCCCAGGGAAGUUGGUGGUAAUGCAGCCUGAGAAAUUCCAGUCAAAAUAUGAACCCAAGAGUCACAUGAUGAGCAUUCAGGAUUCCACAGAGCCAGCAGCCAUCAAGGACCACGUGGUGAAACAUGCCUUGCCCUUGGUGGGCCACCGCAAGACAUCCAAUGAUGCCAAGCGGUAUACCAAGCGUCCCCUAGUGGUCGUGUACUAUAGUGUGGACUUCGGAUUUGAUUACAGAGCUGCUACCCAAUUUUGGCGUAACAAAGUCCUGGAGGUGGCCAAGGACUUCCCUGAGUACACUUUUGCCAUCGCUGAUGAAGAAGACUAUGCCACGGAGGUGAAAGACCUGGGGCUCAGCGAGAGUGGCGAGGAUGUCAAUGCAGCCAUCCUAGCUGAGAGUGGGAAGAAGUUUGCCAUGGAGCCUGAGGAGUUUGAUUCUGAUACUCUCCGAGAAUUUGUCACAGCUUUCAAAAAAGGAAAAUUGAAACCAGUCAUCAAGUCACAGCCGGUGCCCAAGAACAACAAGGGACCAGUCAAGGUGGUGGUAGGAAAGACCUUUGAUGCCAUGGUAAUGGACCCCAAGAAGGAUGUCCUCAUUGAGUUCUAUGCACCAUGGUGCGGACACUGCAAGCAGCUGGAGCCCAUCUACACCGACCUUGCCAAGAAAUACAAAGGCCAGAAGAACCUGGUCAUUGCCAAGAUGGACGCCACUGCCAAUGAUAUCACCAAUGACCGCUACAAGGUGGAGGGCUUCCCCACCAUCUACUUUGCCCCGAGUGGGGAUAAAAAGAACCCAAUUAAAUUUGAGGGUGGAGACAGAGACCUGGAGCAUCUGAGCAAGUUUAUAGAUGAACAUGCCACACAGUGGAGCAGGACCAAGGAAGAGCUUUGAAGGCCUGGUGGUCUGCAGAGGGUGGAGGGACCAAACACUGUAGAGGCCAGUGCAUACUGGCCACCAAGUGAGCCCAUCAAUGAAAUGGCAGUAUCGUGAUUUUUUAAAAAUACUGGGGUAUGUCACCUCAUGCUCUGAAUUCUGAGUAGCUAUGAAUGACUUAAUAGUUUAUAUGGAGGAUGCAUCUAUUUUUAUCAUUUUGGGUCUGAUUUUUGUUCUCUGUUUUGUUUUGGGUUUUUUUUAACCUUUUAAUACUUCCUCAAAACACUUAAGUUGAAUCUU